AUGGAAAGGGAGGGUGUCAGCCGGAGAAGUGUAGCAUAUAAAGGCCAUUUUCAUUGGCCAUCUAUAAGUAGCGUGUUAACAACACCGGAACGAAAGCGUUCAAGACGUUCUACGAGUUUCGCUGACUCCGGUUUAGGCUCAUCAAUAUUUGGUUCACCUCCCUCGAAAUCAUUCAAUAUAUUAGACACUGCUCCUACAUUAAAGACACCAACAAGGAAAAAGUCUUUUCUCCAUGUAUCUGCAUUUAGCGAUGCAUUCUGUCCACCAGAGAGUUGUUCGCCUCCGUCGAAGUUUCGCCUAUCGGAUCCUGGCAAAGCUGUUGAAUACAGAUUUAGUGGGACAAGUGUACCGGAAAAUGAAACUCCUAUAAAUAUGGCGGACGAUGCAUUAAGUGGAGCGAUACCGUCUACCUCUUUCAAAGAUUCCUCUUUUCUGUCAGCUUGUCGUUCGCCUGAAUAUUCCUUAACAAUGAAUAGGUCAGCAUUUGAUGAUGAAAAUGAUGAUUACACGACGGACUCCUCUGCUCUAUAUGGGAUGGCGGAAACACCAAGUAAAGGGUUUAAAAACGAAAUGAAUAUGGCUGGGAACUACAUUGACGAUAACUUUUCAUUGCUUACAUCAACCCCAUUGCAUCUCAGUUCAAAUGAUGACAUUUCAAGGAGUCAUGCUUUCGCAUCUUCAAAUUAUACAAUUCCUGAACCUGAACAGUAUACCAUUUCCGAACAGUAUACCAUCCCUGAACAGUAUACCAUUCCUGAACAAUAUACCAUUCCCGAACAGUAUCCUCUUCCUGAACAUAUUACCGCUCCUGAACAUUAUACCAUGCGUGAGCAGUAUACUAUUCCUGAGCAGCAUACUAUUCCUGAACAUUUUACCAGUUCAAAUGAUGACAUCUCAAAGAGUCAUGGUUUCGUAUCUUCACAUUAUACCAUUCCUGAAUAUUACACCAGUUCAAAUGAUGACAUAUCAAAGAAUCACGCUUUCGUAUCUUCACAUUAUACCAUUCCUGAACAAGCUAAUGGGCCACUGGAAAGCAGUUUGUGUGAGCCAGUCGAUCAGUUUAGACUACACAAUGCUAGUCUCUCAUCUCCUGUGACAAGCACUGACACUGGGGCUACAUUUUUACCAGUAACGAAGACAAGUCGAGUAGAGAGGACAAACCGAUCACUACGAAGGAGUGAACGAUUCUAUCCCGGAUUAGUAAGUAAUUCAGCAGCUGCAAAUUCAAGUCGGAUGUGUCUCCGUGAGACCAACGACAAUAACAGGCCGUUCAAACCACCAACAAGACCGCUAAAAGUGUUUUGUUUGUUACUUCUUGGUCUUGAGAUCGAUUUUGGUUGCGUUCGACAAGACAGUUUGACCGAUUUUGAUAGUACUGAAACAUGA